AUGGGGUUUAAUAAUAAAAAAGAAAGAGAAUUGUUAUUCGCGAUUAAACAAUGUUAUGAUUAUGAAUUUAAACUGUUGGAAAACGGAAUCAGAACGAGAUUUUUAAAAACAUUUCACAUGUUAAGUAUCACACGAGCUUCACAAUCGUUUGAGACGAUGAGAAAAGGUCAAAAGUUACUCAAACUCACACGUUUUAAACAUCACGUUUUCUCAAAAACUGCUUUGGAAAAUUAUUAA